AUGGACAAUUCUGGUUCCGCUGUCCAGUGCGGAUGCAACCAGAAAGGACGCUGGCAGUGGCGCGUCCAGCUCAAGUCUUCACAUGGCUACCAGUGGCAGCCGCACCAGGGGGCAGAACACCACCACCGCCUGAGCCAGCUUUGCUGUGGGGCUUCCAAAAAGACGUGGCUCAAUGGGCAUUCUACGGAGAAGAUAGGGCUCACCAAGCGUCCUGGUACAACAGGGUACUCUGGUGGUUCGGAUGACCAAGAUCACCACCAGCCCACCCAGCAGUGCAGUUCGUUGCAACAGGUGCGGGACCAUUUGGGCAACUCUGGAGCAUACGGCUUCCCGGAGGACUUUCUGCCGCAUGAGGCGGGCCCAUCUAGUCUGCCACGGCAGCGUCGGUGUGAGACGGAUGGUAUUGACGACGAGCAGGAGUCUAUUCUUUCCGAUGAAGAAGCAGAAGUGGAUGCGACACGGCCACAAGACGCAGACGGCCAGCAUGAGGAAUGGAUGCUCCCUUCGUGGCCGCCACAACCUGGCAUGGAGCCACGGCCGGAUCCCACUGCUCUGGGUGUGUGGCUAGUGCUGUACUGCAUGCAUGUGGAGCGCUCUGGGGAGAAUUGUACAGUGCACACCAACGAGGCUGGCGACGACAUCAUCAUGAUGUGCAAUGACUGCAUUCAUGCCUUGGAAUGUGGACGCAUCCCGGAGGCUGCUCUCGCACGCUAUGAUGGUGGAGACGUGCCGGAAAUCAAUCAGGAUGGGCAGCAUCUGGAGUGGCCUACCGUGCUGGAAGCCAACAUACUGGGGCUGGGCCAUGUGCAGCAGCAGAUCUACAUGCUUAAGGUUAAGAACCGGCCGCCUGACUUGCAGCCCAUCACCGUCACAAUGCACAAGAUAGCCAUGGCGAACCCAUCACUCGAUCAGUGGGUGGACACCAUCCCAUGCCCUGCUGUGUCGUUGCCGGAGAACAUCACCGUCCUCUGCAUGGAUGUCGUCAGCAGCAAGGAGGAGCUGCUAGAAAAGCUCAAGAGCACCAAGGUGUUGUCCAUCCGAGCAGCUAAUAUUGUGGCCUGGGUCAACUACCUCAGCAACCUCACCUCCGAGAGGCAUAUCGAUGACCAAGCGAUGAAGGAGUGGCAGGCAAUGGACCCAGAGUGUCACAAGCGGACAACACACCGGAGGAUGCUGGUCUCGAGGAGCUCGGAGUUCUGGUGCCUGUUGUCCCUGACACAACUGUGCCGGGAUCAGGUGAUGAUGCACGAAACCCGGUGGAGCUACACCAUCCUGGACUACUCCCGGGAAGAUGUGCUUGCCAGCAACUUCCCCACCGCAUUUCUGUACACAAAGGGCGGCAUCCGUCCCCUGGGUAUGAGCAACCGGACCUUCUUCCAGCAUGUGUCUACGCGUGUGCCACAGCGGCAGCUCAGCGGCAACCUCCUCAUGCUCGCCUGCAUGGUGGACGUGCUCAACAUGGAGGACGCAAAAGUGCAGACAUGGGUUACAGUGAAGUGCUGCCAGCAGGACAUCGACACGGUGGGCGCCAUCCCGCGAGAGGCUGUCAAAGCGAUGGCGGACAUCCUGGCAUUGCCGAAGAUGCACCCGGAUCGCCGCCACCUGCUCCAAGACAUGUCACCUCUCGUGCACACCCUCGUCACCUCUCUUCGGCGAACAGUCGCACGCAUCGACAUGACAGAUGCAUAUUACCACAACGUGCAUGCCAAUCUACGUGGUGUAGCCACCGCAACCGGGCUGCCAAUCCUCAUGUUUAAUGUCAACCCCGCCGACUUGCACAGUGCGGCUGCAGUCGUGGCUGCUGGGCAGUUUCUGGAAUUUGGCGAGGAUGGUGCUCCGUUGUGGGAGGAGCGUGUCAUGGACAAGUGGUGGCGGGUGCGAAACAACCCCUACACCAGCCAAGCACUCCUCAACACGGUUAAGCUCGCCUUCAUGGACAUCCUUUUUGGUUUCAAACCUGGCGACAAGCGGCAGAGCAACCCCGACUGCUUCUGUGGCACCGUGUUCCACAUCUGCAUCUGUUACAUGGCGGCCCGCGGUCGCGGGUUCGAGUCGCACUCCGCGAGUUUCGAGUUGCACACCGAAACGCGAGGAUGCGAGGACGACAGGUCGCGGGUUCGAAUCUCGGGUCGCAUACGAGUUGCAGGCGAGGAUGCUAGGACACGAGGACACCAGGACCUGUCCAGUGCGGAUGCAACCAGAAAGGUGCAGGCGCGAGCCAACCGGACGCCUGAGCAAGUGGCGGUGGAUCGAGCAGCAGCUGCAGCGUGA